UGUAGCUUAGUCUUGACUCUUGAUACUCCGUAAUAAGGAGUAUGAUUGAUUUCCAGCGCCCAGGCCAGAUUUUGCAUCCGUGGAGGAGCGAUACAUACCAUGGCUACUACCACACCUCACCGCUACAGCCAUGGCUUGACGCGGUCACUUCUUAGCUCAAACUACUGCUUCUCUUCCUCUGCUUUCGCUCAUCCCAACCUUCGGAACCCUAAGCUUUCACUUUGCAUUAGAACUGCUGCCAAACCCUCUCCCAAAAACAUCACUGGCGCUCAGCGGGACAAAGCAGCUCAAGAUUCUUCUCCGAUUUUGGAUACCCAGAUCAGCGAACCCGACCCGCAUCCUCCGCCCGGGCCUCCUCUUUGGAACUCGAGCUCUCCCAUAAAGGGAUUUAAAGUUGAUGGACUGGUUUGGGAGAUUUUAUCUAUUGCGUUUCCUGCUGCAUUGGCUCUGGCUGCCGACCCCAUUGCUUCUCUAGUUGAUACCGCAUUCAUUGGCCAUUUAGGAUCGGUUGAAUUGGCAGCAGCGGGGGUUGCAGCAUCAGUGUUCAACUUUGUGUCAAAGUUGUUCAAUGUUUCUCUCCUCAAUGUUACAACGUCAUUUGUAGCUGAAGAGCAGGCACAACUCAGCAAUGAUUCUAAUGUGCAUGAUGAUGGGGCUGCUCAACAGAGCAAGAUUAUUCUGCCAUCUGUAUCAACUUCAUUAGCACUUGCCACUGGCCUUGGCAUUGCAGAAGCGAUUGCAGUUUGUCUUGGCUCCAGUUUUCUGAUGGAUACAAUGGGUAUAAUUGCUGAUUCACCAAUGCGCACACCUGCUGAGCAGUUUCUUACAAUGAGGGCAUUUGGUGCUCCAGCAAUUGUAAUAGCACUUGCCACUCAGGGAACUUUUCGUGGGUUCAAGGAUACAAAGACACCUCUAUAUGCAGUUGGUGCUGGUAACUUGCUAAAUGCUAUAAUGAGUCCUCUGUUGAUGUUUUCCUUUGGUUUUGGCAUCAGUGGUGCUGCAAUUUCUACUGUGAUUUCUGAGUACUUGAUUGCUUUCAUCCUGCUUUUCAAGUUAAAUGACAGGGUCAUUCUUAUCGCUCCAGAAGUUAAUGGUGGAAGAGUUAUUCGAUAUCUUAAAUCCGGUGCUCUACUUACUGGAAGAACAUUAGCAGUGUUUGUAACCACUACACUAGCAACAUCCCUGGCUGCCAGAGAUGGUCCAAUAUCUAUGGCUGGCCAUCAAAUUUGUUUCCAAGUUUGGUUAGCAUUGUCCAUGCUUACGGAUGCUUUAGCUCUGGCAGGACAAGCUCUCCUUGCCAGUGAUUACUCUCAAGGUAACUAUAGCCGGGCACGUGAAGUGGUUUAUAAAGUCUUGCAGAUUGGUAUUGCAACCGGAGCAACCUUGGGCGUGUGCUUGCUCCUGUGGUUUGGAGCAUUGACUAGCUUAUUCAGCUCAGACUCCAAGGUCCUAGAAAUUGCAAGAUAUGGCACUUUGUUUGUUGCCGUAUCUCAACCAGUGAAUGCAAUUGCUUUUGUUCUUGAUGGCCUAUAUUACGGGGUCUCAGACUUCGAAUUUGCUGCCUACUCAAUGUUACUCAUUGGAUUGAUCUCCUCCAUUUUCUUAUUGGUGGCUACUCCCAUGUUUGGUCUUGCUGGAGUUUGGGCAGGACUUUUUCUCCUCAUGGCUUUGCGUGUGCUAGCUGGAUGUCUAAGACUGGGCACAAGAACUGGACCCUGGCAAUUUCUCUCAAGCAGUAGAGUGCUGGAUAGUGAUGCAGCAGAUGAUUCGUUGGUGGACAAAAAAUCAGAACAUGAUUAGGCUAUUAUGCCAUAUUACUUGGUUUUAAAUCCUGGAUUCCUCGUUGGAAAUUGAAAGCUAUAUCUGACAUGAGCAUGGCUUGAGAAGAAUGCAAGUAUCCACAUUCUUUCAUCAGCCGAUCUCGGGAGAUUAACCCGCAGGCUUCAAAAAGAAUCCUAGGCCGACAACGGGUAGAAGCUAAGUUGAACCUGGCCAUGUUAGCACUGCAUAGAUAGUUGAAAAGAGUAAAGCAGUUAAGCUCAGGAAGCUUCCAACAUGUGCAUUCAGUAGCUGUCUGUUAACAUUCAAUUUUGUGAAGAUGGAGGGUGGAGAAAAAGACACAGGUAGCCCUGGAUGCUUAAAGAAGAGUGACACGAUGGUUUGUUAGAUCGAGAGGUUUUAAUAUUUGAUAUGUGUCGAUUAGGGCAGACUUCAAAACACAGGCUAACGGGAAGGUUUUCGUAGUAUCUCUAGACUUGAAAGUAGAACCAGUUUUUCAUUCUCCAAACACUAAUUCUAAGAACUUGAAUUGGAGAUGUUAAAGCUCAUGUCAAUAUGUCUUACCAAACACAGUCUAAGUAGUGAUUAUUAUCAAAUGAACAAAUUUAGACACAACCC